AUGACAGCGGUUAAGCCACAGACAAUUUUGUAUGGCUUCUGGCUGUCUUCGUGCACGUGGAGGGUGCGUGCUGCUCUUCACCUAAAGAAAAUACCAUACGAAGAACGGUCUGUGGAUAUUCUACAUGAGAAGGCUCAACUAACAGAUCAAUAUAGAGCUAUCAACCCAUCACAGAAAGUGCCAGCGUUGUGUAUUGUUCUAGUUCGAGUAAAUAUUUCUUCAGAUGGCGCGACAUUAGUGGAGUCAAUGGCCAUCAUUGAGUACUUAGACGAAACACGCCCCGAACCACCUUUGAAACCCCCUUCCCCCCUACAAAGGGCCCGCAUGCAAGAAAUCUGCGAGACCGUUGUUUCCGGCAUCCAGCCUCUUCAGAACAUUGGCUUGAAAGGUUAUUUCGAGACUGAAGACAAAUACACCGCCUUUACAAAGUACUGGACGGAACGUGGCCUGCAAAGUCUGGAGGAACUUUUGACAAAAUCCGCGGGCACCUAUUGUGUUGGCGAUCAAUUCACUAAGGCUGACCUUUGCUUGGUGCCCCAAUUGUAUAAUGCAGUUACCAGACACAAAUUGGAUCUCGGCAAGUAUCGCACAGUUUCCCAAUUGUACGAAAAACUAUUAAAAGAACAAAGUUUCGAGGAAACGCACCCGAAAAAAGUGAGGAACUCAAAUUAA